AUGGCAAUUGAAAUCAUUUUGAUCUCAUUAGCUGUCGUGUUAUCAAAACAUCGAUUUCUCAAAAAGAAAAUCGGUCUGCUGGUGACGGAAGGAAAAAGUAAUUUAGAUGCUAAUCUUUCAAUACAAACCAUCACAUCAGUGUUCCGUCUGAAUUUCUACGACAUUUUUCACAGGCGGACAUUUAUCGGCCGAAAAGCUCCAAACACAAAUCUUUACGACAUAAAUAUGAAGUCGUAUGUAAAGUUGUUCGAUUUUCAAAAGGCUGCCCGUCCUCUUAUUUUGAACUUUGGAAGUUGUAGCUGACCACCAUUUAUGGACAAAAUGGACGAGAUGAAAGUGAUCUUCCAAGAAUUUGGUGACAUCGCUGAUUUUCUAACCAUUUACAUAAAGGAAGCUCAUCCUAUUGACGAAUGGCGCAUGUUCGGACACCGUUUCCAGGAUUUAACGCAACACAAGACACUAGAGGAAAGAAUCGAGGCUGCAAAGGUCCUGCAAAGUUUUGAACUCGGCUGUCAGUUGCUGGUUGACCCCAUCGAUAAUCAGAACUGUCUUCGGUAUGCAGCAUAUCCGGAAAGGCUGUAUAUCUUGUACGAUCACACUAUCGUGUACCUGGGAGGUACGGGGCCGUUUGGUUAUAAACCCAGUGACAUUAGAAAUUGGCUUGAACGUUUCAGGAAUGAAAAUAGUUAA